AUGAGCGCAAUAACAUCAGACAGAAAUCUUACUAAACUUGUUCCUCAUCCAAUUUUGGAUGAUUCAUCAAAGAUGAUGCGACUUAUUGCUAAUCCAGUUUAUGAUAGAUUAACACUAUCACGCGCAGCUAAUGUUCGCAGAUAUACACCUACCAAUCAUAAUCAACAAGCGUCACAAAUGCAGAGAGCAAAGGAGAUAGCUGAGCUUUCAUCAUUUAAAUCUCAUGAUGUCGAUGACAUCACAACAAUGCGUCUAUUACAUCCAACAGAACCAGGUGGCAAUCGAUCACGAUCAAAAUCAAUACCUUCAAUUGAAUUUCUAUUAUCGAAGGAUCUUCCACCAGCACCAGUACCUAAUCAAAAACCAUCAAGAAGUACUACACCAGCUUCUCGUUCGCGUGUUUCUACUGCUCGUUCUCGUGCGUCUACUACUCGUUCUACUAUUGUUCGUCCUCGAGCUAAAUCUGCUCGUUUAUCUUUACAAUCUGUUCAAGCUGAAUUAGUUGCAAAUACUGCAAAAAUUCGUAAACCAAUACCACCUGGUACAACUCGUUUUGUGAAUAGUCGUCAUGGUUUUGAAGUUCAAUAUUAUGCAUCACGUAAUUGGUUAUCUACUGAUGUCUAUACAAAAGAAACUUGUCCAGAACAUGAAAAAACUUUUCGAGAUAUGCUUGAACAAAAACGUUUAUUUGAACAAUAUUCACGUAAUAUAUAUUCAUCAGAAUAUUAUGCGAAUCGAUUAAGUGAAUUAUUACAAUCAUAUAAACAAGGUCUUCUAUCACAUGCUGAAUGGGCUGAACAAAGUUAUCAAAUACAUAUGUUGAAAAUUUUAUAUGCUCAAGCAUUAAAACGUGAACAACGUGAAAAAAUUAAUCGUAAUACUGAUAACGAUAGUGAAUCUCAAGUUCCAGUACAAAAUCCAUCGAAUGAAUCGAAAGAAAUCAAAACUGAAGAAAGCACUGAACAACAUUUAAAUCGAUUGAAUACACCUUUUAGUCAUAAUUUAACUGAUGAAGGAUCUUUUUUAUCGACUAAUUCACUUGCAAUUCCAGUAUCAUAUGCAACAGAUGAAGCUAAUACACCUUUACCACAUAGAGUUCGUGUAUUGUCAAUGUCAACAAAUGAUGAUGUUGAAUUACAACGACUAACAAUGAGUCAUCGUGAUAUUUCACCAAAACCUAAAAGACCUGUACAAUCAGCAGCGAUGAAAUCAAAAGCAUUAUCUCUAUUAGAUGGACAACGAUGGUCAUUACAUGCAAUGGUUAAACGAGUUGUUGGACUUUCUGAUCAAUUACCAUCAUCAGCGAUGCUUACUGAUGGAAAACAAACACCGAUGAUAAAUAUAAAUACUGAUUCUGAUAUUAAAUAA